AUGGAGUCAAGCAUAAAGUUGCCAGCCCUUACCACCCUCAGACUAGUGGCCAAGUGGAAGUGUCCAAAGGCAAAUAAAAGCUAUUCUAGAGAGAACUCCUUCAAGACACCCAUAGGUACUUCACCUUUCAAUCUGCUUUAUGGGAAGAACUGCCACUUACCUGUUGAGCUAGAGUACAAGGCUCUAUGGGCUGUUAAACUGCUGAAUUUUGACAUCAAGACUGCUCAAGAGAAGAGGCUUCUCCAGCUGCAUGAGUUAGAAGAGAUCAGUCUUGAUGCUUAUGAGAAUGCAAGAAUCUACAAAGAAAGGACCAAGACUUUAUAUGAUGAGAAAAUUCUGAAGAGAGAGUUCAAAGAAGGUGACUUGGUCCUCUUAUUCAGCUCAAGGCUUAAACUGUUUCCUGGGAAACUGAGGUCAAGGUGGUUAGGUCCAUUCAAGGUUCUUUAA